AUGACAGCGCUAGCCUCCAGCCUGCGCACCGGAACCAGAUCAGACGGGAGAGACGUCGGAAUGCGGACUGGUGGCUGCGACACUAUGGCCGUAACCACAAGCGACGAAGGCGAAGAGCACUGCGGAACCGGUCUGCGCGACGCCAGUCUCAGCCGCAGCCUCAGCUUCAGCUUCAGCCUCAACCUCAACCUCACACAUGGCCAGUCAGGUGCAAGCCCUCUUUCUGUCAGUGGCAUGCCUCGUACUGCAUGUCCCCCUUUUCGUAAUCCUCGAGUGCGACAGAAUAACGGAAAGUACGGAAUGCAUCAGAAAUACCGCAACACAACGCGUAGACGUAUCAAAUCCUGA